AUUUGUGAUUGUCAGCCAUUAUGAUUAUCAACAUGGCGUAAUCUUAUUAUCAAUAUUGCGUUCAUUCAUUGCUAUUUCCGUCGACAGUAGCAGCAGGUUGUAAUUAUGAGGAUAAUCAUAAAAAUCUCGUCUGUAAACACUAACAGAAAAAUCAGUCGAACAGUAACUUGGUCGAUACUCUAAAAAAAAAACUGGAGUGCUGCUACUAAUUCUUUUGUAUUAUACAACCGUACAAACAAUAGCACGUAUACAUUUACCGGCCGUUCGAGAGUAAUGUGGAUAACGAAGCGUCAUCCUUUGUCUUUUUGUGUAUUUGUACAUUUGUAAUUAACGUGAAAAAUUCAAUCUUGUUGGGAGUUUUUUUAUUAGUACGAGGAUGGACACUUCAGGACAGCAGGACAGAUCUCUCGGUAGUGGGAUUUCAUUGCCGCAAUGGAUGAAGGGGAGAAUGGACAAUAGGUUUGACUUUGACGAAGCCGCAUUCAGUCCACCUUCGUAUGAUGACAGCUUCUUUUACGCAAGAUACCCAAGGUCGCAAAAUACUCAGCCGCAGCACGGAUUAAAGCACAUCGUAACUGAGGUUUUAAAUGAAAAUAUUUCAAGCUCCACGAAUCAGAUAACGAAUGAAAAGACCAUUUCUGAUUUGCAAGAUGUCAAGAAGAUUGAUUUUAGCAAACACCCUUUGCCAUGUCAACCGUUUAUACCGGUUGUAAAUAAUAGUAAAGAUGGUGAUAUUAGAGUGUAUAAAGCUUCGACGAGCGGAAAUGUAAAGCCUAAAUCACAGGGGACGGAUGACGGUUUUCAUGGUGAACCGGCUCUUUGUGGGAAAUCAAUCGUUCAUGUAGCUAGUCAAAUGAUGUCUGGUAAAUUCACCAAGGUAUUCACGCCGGACUCGCGUCCUCAGCAGACGGAGAACCCGGCGAAGAGCGUCAGCAAGUCGUUACCGGCGACGCCGUUGGCAUCGCCAGCAGGAAGCCCGGAUAGUUCACCGAAAGCACGCAGGAAGAUUCACAAUCGAUACUUCACGGGCGCGUUCGUGCCGGAUAAGGAAAAGUAUCAGGGUAAUUGGAUCUUGUCGAGCAUACUCGGCCAAUCCAGAGAAGUUAUUACAGCGAAGAUAGACGAGGAAGACGAGCUCUAUCCAGACAUGGAGCCACCACCCAAGCCGCUCAAUCGAAAGAAGUCGAUAUCCUCGCAAAAUCUCACGUACAUUGGAAAGGAAGAAAAAUCGGCGGAUAAGUCGUCCGUUUACGCUAACGUACUCGAGGUCAAACCGUCGGAAUUAAGAGAGAUGAAUUUUUGGUCGCCGACUUCCAUGUGAAGCUUUACAUUUUGUUUAAUUUUAAAUAGUUAUUAAUUGUGCUUCUACCAAAGCAUAUGUAGAUGAUUUAGGUGUAUUUAGUUUAAUUCCACAUUAUUGAUGCACAUAGCUGUACAUUUGGCUCAUUCUAUCGCUAACUUGACAACGUUUCGUACGAGAUUGAUAUGUGAUCAUGUGUUUUAACUGGAUUCCCACAAGUUUGUUACCCUUGGAUAAACAGCGGCCAACAGUAUUUGUCCAUUUGGGAUUAUAUUAUCGUUUAAAAGAUGCCGUUAUCCUCUGCAAUAUAUUUCUAGAAAGAGAUAAUACACUCGAAUAAAUUGCUCCAUAUAUUAUAUUCGUGUAUUGUAUAAGUAUUGUAUUUGCGUAAUUGUGUUACAUCCACGCUUUCACUCUCAAAAGUACUCGGAGAGCCGAAAGUGCGACGGUCUAUUAAUUAACUGUCUUACAUGUUCAUCGAUAUCUUAUAUUGUAUUAAUUACUUGUUUUUCGUGCGUUACAUGGGAGAAUUGCAGUACAACUGAAAUGCACCAGAUGUAUCGAAUCCUGCGAGGUACAUUUGAGCGACAUCCAGUGUUCUGUGAAAUGUGAUACAAUGAACUAGAGACGAGGGACACUAUGUGAAAUACAAGUUGCGUCGUACAGUUAUUAUAAAUUCCACUAUCGUAAAUUUGCACGAAUAUCGUUGGUUAAAGACAGAUUUUCUUUUUAACACAGAUGGGUACUAUGCGAAUAUAUACGGAUUAUGUGAACUGAUUUAUGCCAAUAAAAAUACGACUUAACAUUUUA